GAAGUGGUUGCAGGUGGCUGCGCUCAGGAUAACCAGCCUUACAGGUUUCGGUAUCUGACACAUUGUAAGUGAAUGCUUGCCUGAGAUGUGCUCUGAAAGGUAAUGAAUAAGUUGUACACGUGUAAUCAAGGAGGGUGCAGUACAGCGAAGCAGAAAGUCUAGAUGAUGUCAUAAGUGUGUGUCCACACUACGUUUCUUCCUUUACAGGUGCUUCCAGUUCAAUGACGGAGUGACCGAUUCUCUGUCCUGCUUUUGUGGCAACCCUGGGACAUCCUAUUAAAGCAAUAAUAACGUCAGCGUUUGAAAAACUGGAACGUUACCCUUUGUUCAGCAAGCAGGAAUGGCAUUUAUCUCUGGGAAGACUUCAUGGGUGGCAUUUAACGGUGGUAUCUUGAUGGGAUUUGUCACUGCUUUCUUCUUACUUCGGGUUAUGACGGAGUAUGGUGAAACUCAAAAACCUUUGGAGAUUCGGUCGUGGAAAAAUAAUCUGCACGAUUAUUUACUGUCUCACAAUGCUCACAGCCAUUUUUCAGGUAAUAGCAGUGUAAAUAAUGACCUAUUCAGGAAAGUCAGGGUGCUUUGCUGGAUCAUGACAGGACCAACAAAUCUGGAUACAAAAGCAAUACAUUUAAAGUACUCCUGGACACGUCACUGCAACGUGGUCUUAUUUAUGAGCUCUGUUGACAAUAAAACCUUCCCAACGAUUGGUUUGGGUACCAAGGAAGGCCGAGACCAGCUCUAUUGGAAGACAAUUCGAGCCUUUCAAUAUGUGCACAAGCACUACUUCAACCAGGCCGACUGGUUUUUCAAAGCUGACGAUGACACAUACGUGGUAGUGGAUAAUUUACGUUGGAUGCUUUCGAACUAUACUCCUGAGCAGCCGAUCUACUUUGGCAAGCGCUUCAAACCCUUUGCUAAACAGGGUUACAUGAGUGGGGGAGCUGGCUACGUACUGAGCAAAGAAGCCCUUAAGCGAUUUGUGGAAGGAUUUCAUUCUGGCGUCUGUGCCCACACAACUUCUGUAGAAGACCUGGCACUGGGUCAGUGCAUGGAAAAGAUGGGGGUUGUAGCUGGAGAUUCCAGGGAUACUGAAAAACGAGAAACGUUCCAUCCAUUCACGCCAGAUUAUCACCUGACAGGGCAUUUUAGCAAAAGUUUUUGGUACUGGAGCUACUGCUUCUACCCUAUUGUUGAGGGUCCACAGUGCUGUUCAGAUUUGGCAAUAUCAUUUCAUUACGUUAAUCCUGAACUCAUGCAUACCUUAGAAUAUUUCACCUACCAUCUUAGACCAUAUGGAUACCAAUAUCGUUACCAGCCACCAUUACCAGAGAAUGCAAAUAGACUGCCGGUUCACACCCAGGAGGAGACUGUAGUACAGGAGAAAACUAUGAGACCCAAUGGAACCGUAUCUCUCAAAACAUAAGAGAAUUCUCAC